AUGAGAGGGGUGAAAGAGAUGGAGCUUGUGGCUAUGGUGGUUUUCCUCAUUUGCAUUCUCAGCUCCACCAAUGGCGAUACAGAUCCAAACGAUGCUGCUGCUAUAAGCGCCUUGUAUACGGGUUUGAAUCAGCCACCACAGCUCGAUAAAUGGAACCCAAGUGGUCAGGACCCUUGUGGGCAGAACUGGAAAGGAAUUACGUGCUCAGGCUCAAGAAUUACAGAAAUAAGGAUAUCGGGACUGGGACUCACUGGGAAUAUGGGGUACCAACUAGAUAAAUUGACAUCAUUAACUACUUUCGAUAUCAGUAACAAUAAUCUUGGAAAUCAGAUACCUUUUCAACUUCCUCCAAAUGUGACAAGACUGUAUUUACAAAACAAUCAGUUUACUGGAACUCUUGAUGUCCUCGCUAAUCUACCUCUUGAAAAUCUGAAUGUCGAGAACAAUCGUUUUACCGGAUGGGUUCCUCAACAGCUGAGAGGCAUAAACAUUCAUGCAAACGGCAAUCAAUUCAAUUCCGGGCCUGCCCCUCCACCGCCACCUGGCACCCCGCCAGCUGUCAGACCCAGCCGGAACCAUCGUGGUGGUGGAGGGAGUGGCGGCGGAGACUCAUCCGGUGGUGGCGGAGGUGGAGGCUCUUCCGGCAUUGGCGGCGGUGCUAUAGCCGGAAUUGUUAUUUCUAUUCUGGUCAUUGGGGCUGUAGUUGCGUUUUUCGUCAUAAAGAGACGAUCGAGAAAAUCGCCUAUGGACAUUGAGAAGCUCGACAACCAGCCUUUUGCUCCCCUAACUUCGCAAGAAGCGCAAGAAAUCAAGUCUGUUAAGGCUUCAUCAGCAAGCAGCACUACAUCUUUCGAAGCACCAGCUGUGAUAAACCUGAAACCUCCUCCUUCUGAUCGUCACAAGUCGUUUGACGAGGAUGAUGUAACCGUUAUGCCGAUUGUGCCCCCGAAGAAAGUGAACAGGGCACCAAUAGAUGCUAAGCUGUUCUCAGUUGCCGAUUUGCAGAUAGCAACGGAUAGUUUCAAUGCCGAUAAUCUCAUUGGCGAGGGAUCAAUUGGACGUGUUUUCCGGGCUCAAUUGGAUGAUGGAAGGGUUGUUGCUGUGAAGAAAAUAAAUUCGUCCGUACUUUCGAAUUCAGAGGUUUUUCUGGACAUUGUGUCUGAAAUUUCGAAAUUGCACCAUCCGAAUGUAACUGAGCUGAUUGGGUAUUGUUCCGAGCAUGGUCAACACCUUCUCGUUUAUGAGUUCCAUAAAAACGGGUCCUUGCACGAAUUUCUGCAUCUUUCUGAUGAAUAUAACAAGCCUUUGACGUGGAACACUCGUGUCAAGAUUGCAUUGGGGACCGCAAGAGCACUCGAGUAUCUGCAUGAAGUGUGUUCACCUUCUGUUAUUCAUAAAAAUUUCAAGUCAGCAAAUAUUCUACUGGACAUGGAGCUCAACCCUCACCUUUCUGAUUGCGCAUUAGCCAGCCUUGUCCGUGAACCAGAUCAGGCAUCCGGCUAUAGUGCACCUGAGGUGACAAUGUCCGGUCAGUACACCAUUAAGAGUGACGUUUACAGCUUUGGGGUUGUGAUGUUGGAGCUUCUUACAGGCCGCACGCCAUUCGAUAGUUCAAGGCCAAGAACCGAGCAAUCUUUAGUCCGAUGGGCAACACCUCAGCUCCAUGAUAUCGAUGCCCUCUCUAAAAUGGUCGACCCGUCUCUCAAGGGACUCUAUCCCGUCAAGUCCCUCUCGCGUUUUGCGGACGUAAUUGCCCUCUGUGUCCAGCCGGAGCCCGAGUUUAGGCCACCUAUGUCAGAGGUGGUACAAGCAUUGGUGCGGUUGGUACAACGCGCAAACAUGAGCAAGCGCACGUUUGGAAAUGAAGCUGCCUCGACUCGAGCUGGCAAUGGUGAUGCUGAGGACUAUACUCCGUAG